UCUAUUAAACCUAUACUCUUCCCCAUUUGACGCCCAUCUUGGUAUUUUCUGGCGUCUCCAAAUCCACCUGCUCGUGAGUCGCGACUCGUGAGCCCCUCUCUCUCUCUGGUAAAGCUCCGCCACCAUCUCCGAGCUUUUCCGUAAACCCUAAUUUUUCAAAUCCCCAAACACCUCCAACUCCUUUCCUCAGCUGUAACCCGGCCUUUCAAUUCACCGUUCCCUACCUCGCUUCACUGUCUUGCACAACCGAAAUGGCAUCCAUCGUUUGCUAGGGCUCUCUAGAUCAACUUUAUCAGUCUCCGAGAGCACACUGCACCACAUCUUCACCAACCUAAUCAAAUUAGUAGUCAUGGCUAUCCGCGUCACGCUAAGCUUCUCCGGCUAUGUCGCGCAAAAUUUAUCAUCCUCGGCAAAUCUCCGGGUCGGAAAUUGCCGAGGAUUUCACGAAUGCUGGGUCAGAUCUCGGGUAUUCGGAUCAAACCAAAAGCCCGAACUCGACCCCUCCGUCCCCGUCCGCAAGUACCACCAGACCCAAUUCUCCCGUUCGAAGCCGAGUUCGCUGGCCGCUAAGACUUUACCGUCCUUGUACACAGCCCUCGCCGAAGAGAUUCUCGGCGAGAGUUCCAAGAGCCCGAUCGUCUUGGGCUUGAUCUCGCUUCUGAAGUCAACGGCUUUCGUUGCGGGUGUCUCUUCGGGUCAGGCUGCUAUGGGUAUUUCGCCGUUCAAACCCGGUUCGAUCAUGCCUUUUUUACAGGUCUCCAAGUGGCUUCCCUGCAACGAGUCUGUUCCGGUGUCUAUAUUGAAGGAAGUGGACAAAGGCGGAACCUUGUGUGUGGAGGAGGUCGCUGAGGUCCCGCGGUUGACUAAAAAAGAAUUGGGGAGGAGCGGUUUCUUAUCGCGCUUGUUGAAUUCUUGCUCGGAGGACGCUAAGGCUGUGUUCACUGCUGUCACUGUUAGUGUCCUGUUUAAGUCCUUCUUGGCCGAGCCCAGAUCGAUUCCCUCCACUUCUAUGUGCCCUACUCUGGAUGUCGGUGAUCGCGUUUUAGCUGAGAAGGUUUCAUAUUUCUUUAAGAAGCCUGAGGUUUCAGAUAUAGUAAUUUUCAAGGCACCUCCAAUCUUACAGGAAAUUGGUUAUAGCUCAGGCGAUGUAUUCAUUAAAAGAAUUGUGGCUAAGGCUGGAGAUUGUGUUGAGGUUCGCAAUGGAAAAUUGCUGGUAAAUGGUCUUGUUCAAGAUGAACAUUACAUAUUAGAGCCGCUUGCUUAUGAAAUGGAUCCAGUGUUCAUUCCAGAAGGCUAUGUCUUUGUCAUGGGAGAUAAUCGGAACAAUAGUUUUGACUCUCAUAACUGGGGUCCACUUCCUGUCAAAAACAUUCUUGGCAGAUCAGUAUUUCGCUAUUGGCCUCCCUCCAAAGUAUCCGACACCACGUAUGAACCACAAGUAGCAGACAAUGCUGUUGCAAUUUCUUGUUCAGCUGCUGCCAUACAUGAGGUUUUAGCACCUGUGAGGGACCAAAUAUCUGAAGGGAAAGAUAUGGCACCGCUCGUGCUGAGUGAAGGUAUGAUUCUGAUUGCCUUUGAAGCUGGUGGAGAUGAUUCUUAUGAUGGGCUUGCUUCCAAGCAUCUUUGUAAUGACGUCUUUGGAGUCGGAGUUUUGCUGUUCCAACUUGCAUUUUAUCAAGACGCAUUCUUUCUAUGUGUAAAUCGUUUUUGCUGCGUUCUCUUAAUGAGAAAGAAAGAUAAAACACCGAUCGAUUAUCAACUCUUGCUCUUUGGACUGUUUUUAGUCGGUGGUUCAGAAGAGAGAGUGGGAUGCGAUCCCUUUCGCUUAGUCAGUGGUUCAAGAAACAUACAAUUACAAUUUACAAAGAUGAGGAGGACCGGCGCUCUCCCCUUCUCCCUCAUCCUCUUCCUUAUAUUCCCACUUCAAUCAAUUCUUGCUUUUAAUUCUUCCACCACCCAAAUCUUGCAGGAUGUGUUAAAGAAAAUAUCGGCCAAGCACAAGUGGUAUUUGCAGGACAUCAGGGUUUCGAGGUUGGAUGCCAGCAGGGUUCGCUUCGGGAGCGCCCAGCGAUAUGAGUUCCGGGUCGGAUUCGGGAAGAUCCCCGUAGGGGUCCUGUUCUCCGACGACGUCUCUUCCUGGAAAAAGUUCAGGCAACCCAGAACCCAUUUUGGCUCUCUCGUUAAGGAGCUCAGCUCCAUGGCUGUAGUUGACACCUUCAAAGUGGAGGGUCCCUUUGAGUUACGGGUCGGCGGCACCCAUCACCUCUCCCUUUCAUUGCCGAUGAACACUACAUAUAGUGGGUUUAAAAGGGUUCUUGUUGGUAAAGGCAUCACUGUUGAAGUAAGUGGAGCUACAGAAGUCUCUGUGUUUCAUGCAUCUGAUCUUGGUUUAUCAUCAAAGGGAAGUGGUGCUAUUGGCAAGGAGAAAAGUGAGUUUUGGCCUAUUUGGCAUUCAUACUGCACACCAUUAUUUCCUAUUCGUGUUUUAGGGCCUGCAACGUUGGUUGCAUACAAGACUCGAAAUCCUGAUGCCCACAUUGAGACCAAAUUUAUGUCCAAGGAGAUAAUUGAGUUCUUGCCAGAGAAGUGCUACAGAAGCCAUGCUUACAAGAAACGGGCUUGCCCCAUUGAUUCUUUACGUUUGAGGAUAUCUAUGCUGGAAAGAAUUUGGAAAAGCUUUCUUGGUGAUAGAAUUCGCCAAAGCGGUUUGUCGGGAUUUGUUGAAGGGAAAAUCAAAGCUUCGACUGUUGUCCGUUUCAAGCUUGAGAUCGAAAAGGAAUUUCGGAGGAAUGGUGCACUCCAGGGCAAGGCAGGAUGGAGAACUAGGCCGGCUGUUGAACGGGUUUGGUAUGAAGUUUUGGCAAGAGUGGAAUUUGGGAGGGUGAAGCCUCUCUUGGUUAAAAAGAUUAGGCCCUUCAUUGUGGCAGAUUCAGUUGCGUGGAGUAGUUUGAUGUCCAAUAUUUCCUUCACCAAGUCCUCAUCUGUCCUUGUACCUUCUGAGGCGCUAACGUUGGAUGUGAAGUGGUAGAGUAAACAUAUUGUAACAUAGCACUCUUGUUUGAGAAUGUUUUACAGAUUAAGGUGGCAAGGGGUCGUCUGUGUCCUUGCCCUUUCUCUGGAUGAUGGAUGAAACAGUACAUGUCAAUUGGUAAAUAACACUCCUAAUUGGUCUUGUAAAUAAAUUGUUCAUUGAAAAGAAACAAACGUUAUACA